CUUUUGGAUGAAAGUCAUUUGUGGUUGUUUUUUAAUGAGCUUUAUUGUGUGUUGAUUUAAAUGUGUGACGUCUAUCGUUUUAGAACAGUAAAUAGAAAUCUGAGCUGUCUCAGCAGCUUUGCAUAUUGUUGCAGAUAAUGAGCGAGAACGUGACGAGAUAGUGUGUGUGUGUGUGUGUGUGUGCGUGUGACUUCCUAGAUAAAUAGGUAGGUAGCUAGCUAAGAGAUCAAUCUUGUUUAUUGAUUUCAUGAAAUAGAGGUGGAAUGAAAAUACAAUGGAUGAUUUAAGGUUGACUGAAUAGUAAGUUGCGUGCACCUUGCAUGUGGCAUGCUCGGUCCUGAGUGGGGUCCAAGCCUGUGGAGUGAAAGCUCCGCCCCUUUUACGAGCGUCGGACACCUCGAACACAACAAAGCAUGCGUGUCUCCUGAACAUUGUUCGUCUUGUAAACGUGACGAAUACUGGAUUUUUUGGGGGGACUCUUUUGUGCUAUCUUUUGCUCUUUCCCGUUGAUGCCUAACCCGCAGUAGUGGCUACCAUGACAACAGAGGCAAGUGCCGCAAGCGAGGCGGACACUGAAGGCAAGCAGAAGGCCAGUGCUGCUGAACCCGAACCUGAGAAUAAGCAGAGUCCUGAGGCAACCACAUCUGAGCCAGAAGGGGAGCAGUUGGCCAAGAAGACCCAGGACCAGGCUACUGAGCCGGGGCCUGCCAAUGUAGCAUCCUCCCCUGAAGAGGACCAACUGAAGCCUCGCACCAGAACCUCUGCUGGCAAAGGCCUCUCUCGUCUAUUUUCCUCUUUCCUCAAGCGUCGUUCCCAGUGCUCAGAAGGAGAGGGCUUUGAGGCAGAGAAAGCAAGAGAGGAAAAGGAGGAUAAAGAGGAAAAGACUGACAACACAGAAGAGGAAAAGGAGGAAAAAGUGAAAACUGAAGAGGAGGCUCAUGUAGAGCAGAAAUCUGACCCAAAAGAGGUCAACAAGAGCCAAGAGAAACCACAAAAAGAGGAAAAAAAGACAGAGCCAGAAAAACUUGAGAAGAAGGGCAGUAAGAAGAAAAAGAAAGAAGCCAAGAAGAAAACAGAGGAAAAGGAUACAGAGAAGGUGAAAACUACUGAGGCAAAAAGGGAAGAGAAACAAGAGAAGAAAUCAGAGGAAGAGGAGAAUAAAGCAGAGCAAAAGGAGGAGGCAAAGGUAGAGGGUGCUCAGGAAAAAGAAGAGGACAAAUUGGAGCCAAAAGAAAAGACAACUGCUGAAGUAGAAGACACAGGAACAGAGGCUGUUGAGGAGCGUAAAGACGAGGAAAAAGUUGAUAAAAAGGGGGCAAAGAAAAAAGAAAAAGAGGAAAGAGUGAAGAAAAAAGAAGAGGAGAAAGCUAAAAGAAAAGCAGAGGAGGAAGAAAGGGCAAAGAAGCGAGAGGAGGAGAAUAAGAAGAAAAGGGAAGACGAAAAGGUGAAAGAGGCAGAAAAAGCAAAGAAGAAAGAGGAGGAGAAGGCCAAAAAGAAGGAGGAGGAGGAGAAGGCAAAGGAGGAAAAAAUAAAAAGGAAAGAAGAGGAGAAAUCCAAGGAGGCUAAAAAGAAGGAGGAGGAGAAAUUGAAGGAGGUGAAAAAGAAGGAAGAGGAGAAAUUGAAGGAGGCCAAAAAGAAGGAAGAGGAAAAAUUGAAGGAGGCUAAAAAGAAAGAAGAGGAAAAAUUGAAGGAGGCCAAAAAGAAAGAUGAAAAAUUGAAGGAGGCCAAGAAGAAAGAGGAGGACAAAUUAAAAGAAACCAAAAGGAAGGAGGAGGAAAAAUUAAAGGAGGCCACAAAGGAAGAGGAGGAGAAAGGGAAAGAAGACGACCAAAAGAAGACAGAAGAUAAGGAAAAGAAAAAAGAGAAAGGGAAAAAAGAAAAGGAGGAAGGGGAGAAGGCAUCAAGUGAAAAGAAAGUAAAAGCACCCAUUGCUGCCCCAGAACCAGAACUUAAAACUGAGCCUGAAACCGAGCCAGCUCCCGAACAGCACUCACUCAGCAGCACAGAGAUGCAGCCAGCUCCAGAGGAACACAAGGAGCAAGUUGAAAUCAAGGAAGACCCAGAAGAAGUCAAAGAAGUGAAGGAAGAUGGUGCAGAGAAGAAUGAGGAAGAACCAGAAGAGCAGAAGAAGGAGGCAAAGGAAGGGGAGAAGUCUAAAGAGGAGGUGAAAGAGCAGAAGCCUGCUAAAGAAAAGAAGACAGAGAGGAAGGGCGAUGACGUCAAAGGCUCCAAACGACAGAAAACCAUUCAGUGCAAAGUCACCUUACUGGAUGACACUCAAUUUGAGUGUGAGCUUGAUAAACACGCUAAAGGGCAGGAGCUCAUCACUAAAGUGUGUGACCACCUUAACCUGUUGGAGAAAGAUUACUUUGGCCUUGCUCACUGGGAAACACCAAGCAGCAAGACAUGGUUGGAACAUACCAAGGAGAUUCGCAAACAAGUUCCAGGUGCUAUCUACGAGUUUACGUUCAACAUAAAAUUCUAUCCUCCUGAUCCGGCACAGCUUACUGAAGACCUCACCAGGUACUAUUUGUGUCUCCAGCUGAGGAAGGACAUCAUGAGUGGCGUUCUUCCCUGUUCCUUUGUCACCCUGUCCCUGCUGGGCUCUUACACAGCACAGUCAGAGCUUGGGGAAUAUGACCCAGAAGUCCAUGCAGCUGACUAUGUUAAAGAUCUCAGUCUUGCUCCUGGACAGAGCAAAGAGCUGGAGGACAAGGUGAUGGAGCUGCAUCGCACAUACAGGUCAAUGAGUCCAGCCCAAGCUGACAUGUUGUUUCUGGAAAACGCCAAGAAGCUUGCAAUGUAUGGUGUGGACCUGCACCAAGCCAAGGAUCUUGAUGGUGUGGACAUUACGCUGGGGGUUUGCUCUAGUGGUCUGAUGGUUUAUAAGGACAAGCUGAGAAUCAACCGUUUCCCUUGGCCAAAAGUUCUCAAGAUCUCUUACAAACGCAGCAGCUUCUUCAUUAAGAUCAGGCCAUCUGAGCAAGAGCAGUAUGAAAGCACAAUCGGCUUCAAACUGCCCAACUACAAAGCCUCGAAGAAGUUGUGGAAGGUCUGCGUUGAACAUCACACCUUCUUUAGGGUUUCAACAAUUGAGGCUCCCUCAUCACGUCGCUUCCUCGUCUUGGGCUCCAAGUUCAGGUACAGCGGGCGCACUCAGGCCCAGACCCGGCAAGCCAGCUCCAUGAUCGACCGCCCGGCCCCUCGGUUCACACGCUCUGCAAGCAAACGACUCUCCCGCAAUCUAGAUGGAGCUGGAGACGAGACUCUCCAGACUCUCACAGCAUCAACCAGGUCUGAGGUUGAUGACUGGUCGUUGAUACUUGCUUCUGACAAACCCUACCCUUUCCUAGAUUUUCCAGCCAGAGGUCACUCUGAGCAGAUAAUUAUUCAGUCCUGGAACACUCAGGAAGGUGGUCCGCCAUGGUGGGAGCUUUCAUCUGAUGCACAACUGCAAACUAGAAAGAAAGAUGAGUGGUCGACUCUGCUCAAACGACAUCCUUCUUUUCCUUUUUCCCCAUCUUUUGAUUUUGUGAAACAACCAGCUAAGCUCAGUUUGGCAGACGUCAGCUCUGUUGACAGACUAUUGCAACCAGCACAGGAACAGCACCGUGAUUGGUUUCGCUACUGUGACCGAACUCCCAGCCUGUCAUUCAAUGAGUAUGCUGAUAAACUUCAGCCCCAGAUCCAGGUGGAGGAUGAACAGACUGAGUGUGUUACAGAACAAGAAUUGACAGAUAAGGAGAUCACUGAAAGGCUAGAGGCGAUGGUGAUGUUGGUGGACAACCUAGAAGAGAUGGAAGAUUUGGAAAGGAGGCUGAGGAAAGUGAGGGAUUUAGAAGAGAGGCUCCAAGAAGUUGAUGAAAUGGCAGAUAGGAUCCAGGAAGUCAUAGAAGAAGAAUUAGGGGAACGAGAAGUUGCCAAACUAAAAGAGGAACAGUUACAAAAAGAAAGUGAAGCUAUAACUUGGAAUGUGUUGAAACAUUCAGUGAUGAUGGUGAGGAAAAGUAAUGACGGAGAAGAGGUGGAUGAAUUAGAGGAGCAAAUAAAGGAGGUGUUUUUAAAAGGACUUUUACCAGCGGAAGAGGAGACUAAGGUGGACAGUAAAAACAAGGCAAAGGAUGCCAGUUUGUUUGACAGUAGCUUGAGAGAGAAGCUUCGUCAGCUGGAAGAGGAAUGGCAAAAUGAGAUGGAGGAGAAGUUUAGUCUUCCACAAGUCAUUCCCUCUCCUGGGGUAACCUACCAUAGAGUGGAAAGGACUAAGAAGAGAGUUGCAUUUGUAGACCAGCAGCAGCCUGAUGCUAAAAAAGACGCCGAGGCAAAGCUGAUGAUGUCCGAAAAGAGGUUAGGUGAUAUUCGAUUGCAGACAGAAAUAAAAGAGGAGAAAGCUGAGAGUGUUAUGGAGAUGCUUGAUGUUAAAAAUAGAUCUCAACUAGUAGAAGAAAAGGAUAUGUGGGCCACGCUUUUUGACCGUCCACCAUACACGGCUAUUGUCAAACCACCAGUCACAUCAGUGGAGCGUGUUGAUUUGGAUGAGGGGGAGUUUUUCACUUCAAAAGCAGCGGUUAAAAUAUAUGAUGAUGAAAGGAUCUUAAUACCGCAAGAGUCAUCGAUAACAAAAAAGAGGUUCCCACAACCGCAGACCGUUCUGGAAAGAGAUGAUGACUGGUUUGUGUUGCUGGAUAUUGUUACCAAAGAAACAACCUAUGUCCAACCAGUUAACUUUACGGAACAAGACACGAUCGAGGCAGAAAGUUUGGUGUCUGUGGUUGAAAUGUACAAGGAGAUUAGGGAGGUGCCACUUGAAGAGAGAGAGAGAAGGGAAGAGCCACCAAGACAUCUUCAAGAAAUCAGACAGCACGUGGUGAAAGAGCGAGAUGAUGACUGGUUUGUGUUGCUGGAUGUUGUUCCCAAAGAAACAACUUAUGUACAACCAGUUACGUUUGACGUGCCUGGUAAAGAUGACGUCUCUCUGGCUGACAUGACAGAAGUUGAAAUGAGAGACAAACCCCUGGCGAUUGGAGUAGUGGAAGAAACUGAAAUAAAAGAUGAUCUGAGCUUAAGAGAAGUCACAAUGCUGUCACAGGGUAUAAGAGAAAUUCAGGAUGACUGGUUUUUACUUCUGGAUGUUCCCACCAGAGAAACACAGUUUGUGCCUCCAGGUAUUGCUGACUUUCCUCCUUUCUUAUUGCAUAAAGCCAUCGAUGGUUUAAUUUCUUUACAACAUUCUUUUUGCCAAGUGACAAUGGCUGUGCAUGAUGACCCCGAAAAAAGCAUUUCUACUCUGACUGAAGAAAAAGUGGAGGUUGAAAUAGAAACGAUAAUGGUCCAUAAAAUAGAGGCUCAUAAGAAAAUACAUCCAGAGCAGAAAAUAGUCCAACCAGUUGUCAAUAGCGAUGAUGACUGGUUUCUACUUCUGGAUAUUGGUCCCAGAGAAAUAACCUUUGUACCAACAGGUACCUACUUCGUAUGUCAUUCUUUUGUACUUUUCACACACAUCCGUAAACCAACAAACUCAAAAUUUCAUUCUAAAACAGAUACCCUACAAAUACCAGGUAAAAUUGAUCCAGAUGUUGCACCUGUGAGUGAAUUAAAACGUGCAGAGGAGGAACUUCCACAGUUUGGGCUUUACCAGACGAGACAGCAGCCAUUCCAGUCACAGCCAGAGAACGAUGAUGACUGGUUUGUUGUGUUUGAUGCUAUUCGAGAGGAGGCAAUGGCACCAGUCACUCCUGUUGAAAUUACUCUGCCUAUGAGGAAGCCAUUUGAGACUGAGGUGUUAACCACUGAAAGUAGAACAUGGGACAAGAUGGUAAUUGGUGAGAGCAGGCAUGAUGAGACACGUUUAUCGAAAAUGAGACCGAGCCCUGUUGGACCAACAUCAGGAAGGGAAGGAGAAGAUGAUUGGUUUGUCCUGUUUGAUAUCAUCACAGAAAAGACUGCUGCUGUACCAUCAGUUGCUGUGGUUGAGCAUAUUGUGGAUGUGGUGGCACUCAAAGGACCAAAACCAAAAUACAGCGUAGAAGAUGCGAGGCCACCAGUGAAGUUUGUUGAGAUUAAACCACCAUGGCCAAGAGAGGUGGAAGAUGAUUGGUUUGUACUCCUUGAUGUUGCAGAAAAAGCACCAGUGCCUGAACCUGUCAGAAGCUAUCCUGAUGUAGCAUCAUCAAAAGGGUUUGCAGUUAUAGAGAAGAGCUCACUGCAGAGAAUUACUAUUGUGCAGGAGAUGCCGUCACGGCAGCAGCCGUGUCCAAAAGAGAGACAGGUGGAGGAUGAUUGGUGUAUUCUUCUGGAUGUGGCUCAGAAAAAAUCAGUUGCUGUCCCUGAGCGCAUCCGAUUCCCGGCAGAAGUUCCAAGAACUGCUGAGGUCAAAACGAGGAUUCCUGUUUUUGAGACAAGACCACAAUUUGAGAAACAGAUCCUGGAAGAAAGACCUCCCCUUAAACACACUCGUGUUGAUGAUGAUUGGUUUGUUCUACUAGACACUGGCCUCAGAAAGUCAGUGGUGGUGACACAGAAGAGUACCCGUCCUGUCAGCGCUCCAGUCUUCUCCCAAGCUGCUCUGGCAGAGGCCGGAAUCCCCAUGGCUCCAUUGGAACAGCCCCAGACCUCCACUCCAAUCAGGACAACCAUCAAAGAAGAAAGGACACUCGAGGUCACUUUAGAAGCGAUUGAGCCAUCAAAAACCGAGGACAAGUCAGUGGUGUGGAGGGACCACAGAUCCGUAGAAUCCUCACUGACCCCUUCCAUCAAUGGGGACAUUCAGUUUGAGGUGGCGAGUACGGAAGUGGUGCAAUUACGAAAGAAAAGAGCUAAGAAAAUUGAGGGAGACUCAAUUUAUAUCAGACAUAGCCUUUUAAUGUUGGAGGAGUUUGAUAAGCCACAGGAGGACCUGCUUAGGCAUCACGCCAGCAUCAGUGAGCUGAAGAGGAACUUCAUGGAAGCCGUGCCAGAGUCCAGGCCCAGUGAAUGGGACAAGCGUCUGUCCACACACUCUCCAUUACGCUCUGUGGGUGUCAAUGGCCAGCCCAGUGCAGAUGGGAGUGUGAGCAUUAGUCCACUGUGCAGUGUUUCAGCGGCAAAGGCUGCACAUGAGGAAACCAUCGCCACUUUGGACUUUUCCAACAAGUCCAGUCCCACUGUGGGCCACUGUCGAAGCGCUGAGGCCCCAGGUGUUCCAGUGGAGAGGCCAUGUGAUCAGGAAAAGCUUAUAGUUUUCAAGUCCUCUCUGGUUCCUAUGGUACAGGUGGAGAUGGCACAAGUGCCUCCCCUGUCUGACCUCUCUACUAAAGCUUUAAAUGACAUCCAGGGGGAAGAAGGUUCCGGACUUUUGGAGUCCUCACGGAACAUAGUCGGAUCUUCUCCUGCUUCCUAUUUCAGGAGCGGUGGCCCACAGGUCAUACGUAGCUUCCAGCCCCCUCUGGUGCAGACCCAUACAGUCACCAUCACAGCUGCCUCCAACUCCUUACCCAGUGGCAUCUCCACCACAGAGGUCCCUAUCGUCCCAACCCAGACAGUCACCUAUGAGUCUUCAAAGGGCGUAGUUGAUGGUACAGAAGAGGACAAAGAAAGCACUACAGUGUCCAUCUCUCAGACCUCAGAAACCACCAGUGGCUCCUCAGUCACAACCACGACUACACAUAUCUCAAAGAUAGUGAAAAGUGGCUCUUCAGAGACUCGGGUGGAGAAAAGGAUUGUCAUUACUGCAGACAGUGAUAUUGACCAUGAUCAGGGCACAGAUGGUGGAGCAUCAGCAUUGUAACUGAAUCACCACAAGCAGCUUCUCCUUCGACUCUCCAUCCCCACCCCCGCCUCCAAA